UCAACAAAAAUUAAACUUCUAGCUACUCUAGCAGAAGUGCAAGAAACCGGCUUGAUUCUUUCUAACCAGAUACAUGAAGGUUUUUCUGAGCCAGCAACGAAUUGGUGUACAGCAUGUCAACCACCACAGCCAAAAUGAAGAAACCUACUCUGAAAAUAACACCGUCUUCCAGAACAGUAAAUGCGUCAACUUCAGGAAUACUUCGGGUCAACCACAGCACAACCCGUACAAAGAGUGUCACCGCCUCCAUUAGCAGAAAGAGUUUCAGUUUGGCCGGUGACAGUAAACUCAUUGAUAAAAACUCUGUUCAAACACCAAAACACAUCGUUCAGGUAUACGAUGAAAAUGGCAAAGAUGUUACCCCACAACCCCUGUACCAGCCCGACCCAGGGCUCAUACAGCCUAAACAGAGCAAAAUAUUUGCUACCGACGCAUCUGGCGCCACUGUUUCAGACUUUUUCUCCACGGCUUACCAGACAACCGCCAACACAAGCUUUGCUGGGCCCUUUACCAGGUCAGUGUUUGGUAGCAGCACCGUUUCCAGGUCCAGCCUGUCCACAAUGGAGUCAAUGAAUGAAGAGAUCGAGGACCCAUCGUCUAAAAGAGACAUCAGUACCUCAGAUGUUCAGGUGAGGAGGGAGGAGGUCAAGGAGCUGGUGGGGGAGGAGAUGCUGGACGAUGUGGUGGAACUCUACCUCACUGAGUCAGAGACUAUCUGGAUGCUGGACAUGCCGGCGGUUUCCGUGUCUGUGGACUCGCAGGAGGCCGAAGACGUCAAAAAGAGAACCGCCCUGUAUGAGGAACUGUGCAGGAACCGGAUGGGAAAUGACCAGUUUGUGGAAAGAUCCAUGCAGACGUUCAAUGGAGCGCCCAAAACCAAAGAGGUCCAAUGUGAGAGCAUCGAUAUGGUGGAUGCAGCUUGCACGGCCUCCUCCUGGGACAUGUACGACUCCUUCUGCUUGUCGGACGGAGUGGGUGAGGCUGUCCAGAAGCCCAGUUCAGAGGACAUGAUCUGUCCUGAGGCCAUUUCUCACCACAGACUGGACACUGUUCACGGGCCUGAGAGGACUGUGUCAGUUCUGGGCACCACCAGUAUAGCUAGCACCUCUUCCCAGACCGAGAUGGAGACCUUCUUGGUUCCUACGGACGACGAGCCGGACCCUGAACUCAUUCUCCAGUCUGAGAGCUUCCAGCAGGAUCUGUUUGUGAUGGAAAGGAUUGUUCUGGAGAACAUUUACCAGCCCAAGCUUGCUGCAUACAGACAACUCCCCAUAUUGGAAGAUGAAGACCUUCUGCUGAAGACCAACGCAGCAGGGAGGAUGGAGGAAGAGGAAGAGAGUUCACUCACCCCGGCGCUGGAGAGACUCUGGGCCUUUAGCUGUGAGCUCACGGCAGGCCGCAACGUCAGUAGCAUGGCCUGGAACAAGACCAAUCCAGACCUUCUGGCUGUGGGGUACGGACAAUUUGACUUCAAAGACCAGAAAUCGGGCCUAGUCUGCUGCUGGUCCCUGAAGAACCCAACGUGGCCUGAGAGGGUCUUUCACUGCGAGAAUGGAGUGACCGCCCUGGACUUCUCAGCCAACAACGUUAGCCUGCUAGCCGUGGGGAUGUACGACGGCAGCGUAGCCAUGUAUAACGUGCACAGCAGAGACGAGACGCCCACCACUGACACCACUGAAUGCGCCCACAAGCACACCAGCCCAGUGUGGCAGGUGAGAUGGAUCGACAGUGAGAGGGGGCCGUCGGGGGAGGACAAGGGGGAGAACCUCAUCUCCAUUUCCGCCGACGGCAGGAUCAGCAAGUGGUUCCUACGCAAAGGCCUCGACUGCAUAGACCUGAUGAAGCUGAAGAGGACGAGGAACGAGAAGACCAAGACGCAUGCUGGCGAGAAGGAGAGGAAGAGCGAGGCUCUAAUCUCACGCCAGGCGCCAGGCCUCUGCUUCGACUUCCAUCCUUUGGACUACAACAUUUACCUGGCAGGCACAGAAGAGGGCCACAUCCACAAGUGCUCCUGUUCUUACAACGAGCAGUAUCUGGAGACCUACUCUGCACACAAGGGCCCCGUGUAUCGGAUCACGUGGUCUCCGUUCUGCGAGGACCUCUUUCUGAGCUGCUCGUCUGAUUGGACCAUCCACCUGUGGAGGCAGGACCUGCUGGAGCCAGUGCUGAGCUUCCCCUCCACCCAGAGGGCCGUGUACGACGUCAUGUGGUCCCCCCAGUGGGCCACCGUGUUCGGGGCUGUCAAUGACGGCAGGGUGGAGAUCUGGGACCUGGGUGCUAGCAUCCUGGACCCCACCGUGGUGAGCCUGGCUGGGCCGGGGGUGAGGCUGACCUCCCUGCUGUUUGCUACAGAGACAGACUGUGUCCUAGUCGGGGACAGCGACGGCCAAGUCAGCGUCUACCAGCUCAAGAACUUCAGCAUGGGAGAGGGUGAUCAGGUGGACACAUUAGAAGAUAUUAUCGGUUCCACCCUAGCCAGCCAGCUGUGAGAAUACAAACACACACAGGUUAAUGUCCCUUGAACUGUCCUGAUCUUCUCUCACCCACCUUCUGAGUAGUUUUCCUCUUUUUGUGAUCCCCAGAGAAGUGGGGCGGCUGAAUGUCUCGUGUUAGUUCCACAAUCCGAUUAUAGAAGACUGCAACAGCAGGUUGUGGUCUGCUGUCUUGGUUUGAUAUGGGAAGUAAAAAAAAAAAAAAAAAUUAUAACGAAAAUAAAGCAAUAACGGAUAACCAGGAAACGAUUCGAUUUCUAUUGUUGUCUGUUGAGAUCAGUUUGGGGGCAGUUUGGUUUUCUCUCGGGGUUUAGCUGAUGUGACUUCUGGCCG